AUGGCAAAUCACCAAUCGGAAGCAACAGCCACACAUCAAAAUAAUCAAAUGCACAAGUUUUCCUUUACUCUGCUAACAUACAAUAUUCUCGCACAGAGUUUAUUCAAUAGAAGAGAGGGAUUUUCAUAUUGUAAUCAUAAGGCAGCAUUAUGGACAGUUCGUAGAGAAAAUCUCCUCAAUGAAAUUGAGUUUUACAAUUCGGAUAUCAUUUGUUUACAAGAGGUUGACAAGUAUGAGGAAUUUUGGAAGGAUAAAUUGAAAGAGCUUGGCUAUUCAUCAUUCUAUCAUGCUCAAUAUAAUCCAUCAAAGAAUUUCAGAGAAAUGCCUUAUGGAUUGGCAUUUGCUUUUAAAAGUGAAAAGUUUGAACUAGUGGAAAGUGAAGUCAUCUUGAUGGAACAGGAAUUACUUUCGAAUAGUCAACAUUUGAAUAUUUCUACUGAUGAAUCUGUUUUGGAAAAGGAGGAAAUUAAGCACAGUGGAAACAUUGCUCAAAUAUUUGUUUUGAAAAGUAAAGAAAGUGAAGAUGGACUAUUGAUUACGAAUUCUCACUUAUUUUGGAGACCUGAGUGUAAUUAUGUACGCUUGAGACAAUUAAUGCUCCUAAUAGCUCAUACCUUAUCUGUUAACCAUAGAUAUUCGAAUUAUCCUGUAUUGAGUGUUGGUGAUUUUAACACAACUCCCAAUUCAAUCAUUUACAAAUUGUUACAUCUACCAGGGAGAACUCUAACGAAGGAUAAGAAAAUUGACCUCACCAAUCAACUUUCCAUCGAUGGAAUUGAUAUCGAGGACAUUACAUUGGAAGAUUUGGAACGGUACUUUAAUCAUGUAACAUUUUGUGAAGAGAAAUUCAUUCAAGAUUUGAAAGAUUCCAAUACUCCAGAAGAACAAAUAUUCGAACAAUUGGAAAUGGAAAAGAAGAAACGAAUGAAAAGUAUUAAGGAGUUGAUUUCUCAUUUCGUAAAGAAUUAUCCAUCCUUUCGUUCCAUGUAUUCAUGGUAUGGUAAAUUAAAUCCACAAGAUCAUGAAGAAAUGAGAGUUCACUUUGAUUGGGAUCAUAAUGAAGUACUCUACACGAUGUAUACACCUGAUUUCAAGUCAACUCUGGAUUAUAUAUUUGUGUGGAAUACUCAGCAACAUUCCAAGAUUGAAUUGAAACGAUUAUUGUCAAUUCCACUUCCUAAAGAUAUAGACGAAACUUGUUUACCAAGUGAAAAACAUUCCUCUGAUCAUUUCUCAUUAAUGGUCGACUGUGAAAUUGUUCAUGAAUAA